GCGCUCCCUCCCGUGAGCCGUGCACCGCGCAGGGCUCGCGUGCCGCGCGUGGUGGAGCAAGCGCUCGAGCGAGGGCGCAAUCGCCCCGCCGAUGCGCGUGGCGGAGAGGCGCCUAGCCGCCGGCCGCGCCCCUCCCCGGCGCUUCUGCAGUCGGGUCCCUGAGAUGUCGCCCGCACGGAUGCGCACACGGGAGCCAAAGGAGUUGGUGUGGGCUGUGUCCCUAGAGGGCGUGUCCUUUGUGAAGGAGAGGACCCACUGUGGAAGGGACCCGCGUCCUCCCUGCGAGUCUGUUCUCAGGCGAGCCUGUCUUAGUAAGGGGACACACUAGGAGCCGGGAAGCAGAAAAUCGGUUCCUUUAACGUCCCCUCGGAAACCUGGGGAGUCUUUGCCUCCGUGUACCUCGGUGUGGACAGUCCUGCUGUAAAAUAUGGGCGCCGGGAAAGUGCCACAGGACGCUGUGUGACUCUGGGAAAGUGACUUAAGCCCUCUGAGUCUCAGGGUCUAUGUGUUUGUGUGAGCGUGUAAAAACUAAGGAUCGAGAACGGACGCCACGCGCAUGCGGGACAACUACAGCGUUUGUACCCGGCGGCUGACAACGGCGGGCGUGAAGAGGAGGGCGGGGCGUGGGGAAAGAGUUGCUGCUCUGGUAGAGCUGGUGACUGGCAGUGGAGCUGUGUCUAUCCCUGGACUCCACAGUGGGGAGAGCACAGUUGUCAGAAUCCGGAGAGGAGAGUCCCUAGACAGGGCGUCCUUGACCAGGGAUCAUGAUGACCUUGAGGCUUUUCUCAGCAAGAUCGCAGACCAUGUUUGAGGCCAUGGGGCGGUGGGCUCCAUCCCCAAGGGCUGGCCUGAAGCCUGGCCAGCUCCUCUCACAGCAGGCCUCUCCCAGGCUGCUCUCUGUCAGCUGUGUGGACCGUGCCAAGCAUCAGGAGCCCCCCAGAAAGAAGCUGCUCUCCGAGAAAAAAAUGAAAAGGCAUUUUGUGGACCAUCGGAGAGUGCUCGUCCGUGGAGGAAGUGGAGGUGCUGGGGCAAGCUGCUUCCACAGUGAGCCUCGCAAGGAGUUUGGAGGCCCCGAUGGUGGGGACGGAGGCAACGGCGGCCAUGUCAUCCUGAGAGUUGACCAGCAAGUCAAGUCCCUGUCGUCAGUCCUGUCCCAGUAUCAGGGUUUCGAUGGAGAAGAUGGCGGUAGGAAGAACUGCUUCGGGCGAGGUGGCUCUGUCCUCUACAUCCGGGUCCCUGUGGGCACGCUGGUGAAGGAGGGAGAUGAAAUUGUGGCUGACCUGUCUCGCCCAGGCGAUGAGUACAUUGCCGCACUAGGUGGGGCAGGAGGAAAAGGCAACCGCUUUUUCCUGGCCAACGACAACCGUGCCCCUGUGACUUGUACCCCUGGACAGCCAGGUCAGGAGCGGAUUCUCUACCUAGAGCUGAAGACGGUGGCACAUGCUGGGAUGGUUGGAUUCCCCAAUGCUGGGAAGUCCUCACUCCUCCGAGCCAUCUCGAAUGCAAAACCUGCUGUGGCUUCCUACCCAUUUACUACCUUAAAUCCUCACAUCGGGAUUGUUCACUAUGAAGGCCAUCAGCAAGUAGCAGUGGCCGACAUCCCUGGCAUCAUCCGGGGUGCCCACCAGGGCAGGGGCUUGGGUCUCACCUUCCUCAAGCACAUUGAGCGCUGCCGCUUUCUCUUGUUCGUGGUGGAUCUUUCCCUGCCAGAGCCGUGGACUCAGAUAGAGGAUUUGAAAUACGAGCUCAAGAAAUAUGAAGAUGGCCUGUCAGAGAGGCCCCACGCAGUCAUUGCGAAUAAGAUCGAUCUUCCGCAGGCUAGAGCCAAUCUGCCUGAGCUGCGGGCCCGCCUGGGACAGGAGGUCAUCGCCCUGUCAGCAGUGACCGGGGAGAACCUGGAGCAGCUGCUGCUGCACCUGAAGGUGCUUCACGAUGCCUACGUGGAGGCCGAGCUGGGGCAGGGCCGCCAGCCACUCAGGUGGUAGCCAUGGGCAGUGUCCUCCAGGAACAAGAGGCUGGUGUGGGGCACAGGCCACUGCACAAGCAAACCCAAUUAUGAAACGCUGGUGGCCUUGAAUGUAUGGAGAAAGUGUCUCGUAAAUGUGUGACCGUGUUACUGCUUCUGUCUCCUCCCCCCGAGGGGCCCCCACCCUUUGGUCUAGGACUCCCUUGGGUGGCAGAACGUUUGUGCCACCUGAAGCCCACCCAGUCUGCUCCCCAGUGCUUUGUGCACCUGUCAUCUUUGCUGACCAACUUGUUGAGAUUGGCUCAUUUGUGCUGAUUGGCACUAAUUAUGGGAAGGCCAUGCUGAUGGCUGAUGUCAUUGACUGCUGCUACACGUGUGCAGCCUCAUGGCCAAACUCACAGGGAAGCUGGGCUGGGACCCAGGGCCAUAGGUGCUGACCUGUGCUUUUCAGCACAGUUGCCCUCCAUUCUAGCGGCUGGUGGCAAAGGUUUCCCCGGAGGGGUUGGGCUGCCCAACCAUACGACAGCCCUGCAGUGCAGAACUGCCUAAGUGCCAGCCUCUCAGCUGUGCUCUGCUGCACAAGGGGUCUCAGGGACAAGAGUUGUUUCCGCUUUCCCAGCAGGCAUCUGUGAAAGGCAGUAAGGGCCAGCUCAAGUGCUGCUCUGUGCUGUUGGAGCCAGGUGCCAGGCAUUCGGGCUUCACGACUGAAUGCAGUGUCUGAGCCAGGACGCACGGUCUCUGGCUCAGCUUCAGUGUGCACAAGUGAGCUGUUAACUGAAGCGUGGGCCCUGCAGGUGUCCACGUUGUUCCCAACAGGUGGCCACAUCACGGGCAGGAUACAGCAGGAUAUGGCCAGAGACAUAGAAGGAAUGUGGGGCUCCUUCCACUCAGCUCUGUUGGGAAUUUGGAGAGCCCUUGCCCUGAGCCAGGCAGACAUGAGGACUUCCCUUAGGCUGUGGGAAGGAGCUCCAGCCUUCUUUCCGAGAUGGGAUGACAGUGAAGAGAGUCCUGUGCUUGCUGCUUGAGGCUGCAGCGCUGUAGAAAGCGACCUCCUUUCUGUCACGUGGUUUAAGUCUACAUUCGAGUAAUUGGUUGCAUGCAGCCCACAUUCAUGUCCCAGCCUCUCACGGGCUGCAGGUGGGCCACAGGAUGAGGGCAGGUAAAUGAUGUCUGGUGUUCUGACAUGUCCCUGAGGGCCCUUAGGAAUAAAGUGGAGGGGACACAAACAGAGAGGGUGGUCAGAGAAGGGGAGCUUUGGCCCUUUGGAGAGAAAGAGCUGCCACAGAGUGAAAUGAGCCACAGGGUCCCAGAGGGUCCACAGCUGCCAGAGAAGCGUGGCCCACUGAGUUUGGGCACGCUGCUCCUCAAGUAAUAAGCCAACGCCUGAGCUUUCAGGAGCAAUUCAGUUUUGAUCUAACAUCAAAUCUGCAACUAGAACAGGAGAGUCCUUUUACCCGGAGCUUUAUUUUAAUUUCUUAUAAUUUCAAAGGCCCUUGUGUUCUAGAAGCCAGAGAUGGGUUUGCAUCUAUUUACUUCUCUUUCACAAAGGAUUUUGUAGAGUCCAGCCAGGCCUGAGAGCGUUAAUUAUCCAUGGCUUUCAUCUUUGUGCUGGGCCUCCCCAUGCGCUUGGGAGGAG